AUGAAGAAAAUUUUUUCAAAGUUCGACAAAAAUGAAAAAUUGGAUAAUUCACACAAUCAUUCCACAUCGAAGGAGACCAACAGCUUUGUUGGUAAAGUGUUUACGGUGGGGCGUGUAAGUGUGACCGUGGAAGAUGUGUUGGCCGAAGGUGGUUUUGCCAUGGUCUUCCUCGCCAAAGCCAACACAGGCAAUACAAAGUACGCGCUGAAGCGUAUGUAUGUGAAUAACGAGCACGACUUGAACGUGGCCAAAAGGGAGAUUCAGAUCGCUAGUAAUCUCAGCGGUCAUAAGAAUAUUAUAGGCUACGUGGAUUCGAGCAUUACGCCCACUGGUAACGGUGUAUGUGAAGUACUGUUGCUCAUGCCCUACUGCAAGCAGCACAUGCUGGCCAUGAUGAAUGCAAGAUUGCAAGUUGGCUUUACCGAACAGGAAGUUCUCACUAUAUUCUGUGAUAUUUCAGAGGCAGUGUCACGCUUGCACUUCUGUCAAACCCCAAUUAUCCAUAGAGAUUUGAAAGUAGAAAAUAUACUGCAGAAUGAUGCUGGCAAUUUUGUUUUGUGCGAUUUUGGCUCAGCCACAGCGAAAAUCUUAAAUCCACAACAACAUGGCGUUACGCAGGUGGAAGAGGAAAUACAAAAGUACACUACGCUCUCGUAUCGGGCACCCGAAAUGAUCGAUCUCUAUUCUGGUAAAAGUAUUACAACAAAAGCGGAUAUUUGGGCACUCGGUUGUAUGCUCUAUAAGUUGUGCUUUUUCAAUUUGCCCUUCGGUGAAAGUACAUUGGCCAUACAGAAUGGUCAAUUCUCCAUACCGGACAAUUCCAAAUACUCAAAAGGCAUGCAUCAAUUGAUCAAAUAUAUGCUCGAACCUGAUAUGGAUAAGAGACCGAAUAUUUGGCAAGUUUGUGAGGUGGUUUUCCGAUUGGCUGGCAAAGAGAAUCCUGUACAAAAUUUGCACAAAUCUCCGCCACCAAAUUUCGAUCAACUCGUCGUUCCUCUCUUUGAGUCCGAAGCGAAACGCAUCUCUGCUGCCGCGGCCGCAACCAAAACGCCUAAACCGCAAAGUGUACCCAUUGUAGAGUCCGGCACGAGUGUGGCGCCACGUCAACGUCCGAAAGGUUCAUCAGCAGUGCAUGGUCAGAAUCCACUUGGGCUUGGCUUACCGCCUAGUCCAUCACCACGCAAUAAUAUAACAUCGCCACAACCACAACAACAGCCAGUGGUCGAACAAUUUCAGGCGAAUUUUCCGCAAUUGGCACCACCAACUGUGCCACCGCCACCAACACAGCAAAUAACAACAACAAUAUCUGCUUCCACAACGGGCUUAGCAACCGGAACAGUAGCAGCAGCAGCAUUAGCAGUGACACAACAAGCUACUACCACUACAGUGGUGCCUGCAACUCCCAAUGCAUCAGCACCACCACUACCAAUACAACCACAAGCUGGCGCUCAAUUAGACAACAAUUCUUCAGCAAUUGUUGGCCAACAACAACCACAACAACAACAACAACAACUGCAACAGCAACCACCACCUGAAGUUCUAAAUAGCCUCUUCGAGUCGUCCGUAUAUCCAGAUCCGUUUAGUGAGACUGCACCGUCACCGGGGCAAAUGAAAAACACAACAUUUGACACGGCCCUUGGCACCGGUGGUCUGGGUAUUGGACUUGGCUUAGGCGUAGGGGUGGGAGUAGGUGACGGUUUGGAUAAUAUAGGCGUGAGUUCUCUAUCAGCACAUCAUGCAGUAGGCGCUGUACCGACGAAGAGUAGUAUGCUAACUGUAUCGGCUGUGGGCACAAACGCCAGUGGCGGUGCCGGUACCUCUGGACAUCGGCGCAAUGUCAGCGAUACGUCUGCUUUUAAUAAAACUUUCGCCAAUGAGACAUCUCAAUUUCUGGCUCCCUACGAUCACUCGGUUAAGAGUCGUGCGCCCCAUCACUCGAACGCCGCUAAUGGCGCUGACAGCGGCGGUGGCGGCGCCGGUGGUGGUGGUGAUGACAGCAUGCUGGUCAAUGCAAUGGCCAAUUCUGGCACAAAUUACGGCGGCUCCAAUCCUGGCCUAUUCUUGCCACCAACACAAACGUUGCACAUGCAAGGACAAGGCGCCGCCAUGUCGGCAUCAAUAUCGAAUGCCGAAUUGACAAGGGCACAAGUUUUGCGCAGCGAUAUGACCGAGUCUGGCAGUAAUAUAUCAUACGUAAAUUCUGAAUUGGCAUCAUCGUCGGGGUCGGCCACAAAUCAUGCCAAAGGCAUGGCAUUGGGUAAACGUCUUGAGGCAUGGAAUCCGUUUGAAGAGCAACCAUUCGAUCAAAUGACGGAAGACCAUAUAUUCGAAGCAGAAUUCGAUAAGAUUCGUCAACGUGGCAGUCAAGGAAGUAUCACAGCCAAAUCCGCAUCAACAACUUCAACACUUACACCCACUGAAGGUUAUGCGAUUGGCAUGGCGGCAACACAAAUACAGCAAACAACACCACAGCAGCAGCAGCAGCAACAACAACAACAGCAACAGCAGCAAUAUCCGGCUACGGCCACACCGUUUGGUAACGCUGUCGCUGGCGCAGCGGCUACAGGUGGUGGUGGUGGUAGUAGUGCUGCUGCUGGCACCGCUGCUGCAGCGCACAUACCCGAGGAUCCAUUCGGUUCUGCGCCAUUCAGCUUACCGGCCGGUUUGCGAGAGAAAGCAACAACGCUACGUAAAACUGGAGACUAUUCUUUAUUAUUCACGAUGUCAACUCAAUCAAGGAUUUUGGUAAAAUGUGGCGGUUUCUCAACGCAACUUGCCCGUCAUGUCGAUGAGAAGAUCGAUGGACAUCCAUUAUGGGGUUCACGAUUCGAUCAACAAAAUCCAGAAGCUGUUGUACAAACUCAUUUGGAUUACCUUGAGAAUGGCGCUCAAAUUAUACUCUCGAACACCUACCAAUCCAGUAUUGAGGGCUUCAUGGAGUAUUUAUCAUUGAGUCGUGAGGAAAGCAUACAAUUGAUACGUAAAAGUGUACAACUUGCCAAGGAAGCCAAAUCCAAGUAUCUGGAUGUGGCGAAGAAUGAUGAAGAGAUGUUAGAACCGAACUUGCCACUUAUACUGGCUUCAAUUGGUCCGUACGGUGCUCACUUACAUGAUGGCUCUGAAUACAAAGGCAGUUAUUCGAAACGUGUCUCAAUUGAGGAUAUACAAAAAUGGCAUCGUCCUAGAAUUGAUGCCUGCCUAGCGGAGGGUGUGGAUGGUUUAGCAGUGGAAACAAUACCUUGCCAGAUGGAAGCUGAAGCUGUUGUUGAUAUGCUGUUAAAAGAUUAUCCAAAUGUUAAAUUCUGGGUUUCAUUUCAAUGUAAGGAUGAAGAAACCUUAGCGCAUGGUGAGCAAUUUUCAAAAGCCGCCUAUUCAAUAUGGAACAUAGUAAAAGCAGCGAAUGCUGUGGACCGUUUAAUUGCUGUUGGCGUAAACUGUCUUAAUCCAAAGUUCGUUAAACCGCUAUUUAUGUCGCUGCAUGCACUGACUGAUGAAUCCAUACCUUUGAUCGUAUACAGUAAUCGUGGCGAAAUCUUUGAUGAAAAACAAGGUGAAUGGACGGGCAUUGACAAUUGCGUACCACUGGAUUCCUAUGUACCUGAGUGGAUUGAAUUGGGUGCAAAAAUAAUUGGCGGUUGUUGUCGUAUUUAUCCCGAAGAUAUUCUACGAAUUCGAAAAUGUAUUGAUACUGUUGGCAAAAAAUAAUGAUUUUUUCUUCUUACUUUUUAAGCUUGCUUAUUACUUAUGUAUGUUUAUAAAAAAAA